AUGACGGGCAGCAGCAGCGGCGGCCCCGAGUCCAAGGACGAGAAGAGGCUGAACGAUGACUUGGUGGUGUUCAUGAGGAAGCGCAGCGAGACUGACGCGCCCCGCUACACCGAGCGCCUGAAGACCUACGUGAACCUACAGCAGAAGCGCCGUAGAGCGGCAGCCGCGAGGCGAAACGCUGGUUACGAGCCGCACGAUAAGAUCUCGAAUAAAAAGAAAGCUGAUAACGAACAAAAGGACAAAGUGCCCAUCUCUGGGCGCGUGAUCGGCGACAAGUCUGGCGUCCAAAGCCGCCCUCGCUCCGGCGAGCAGUCGGAUGCAUGCCGCCGUGCCAGGAGGAGGCGCUCGUGCGGUCGCGUGAGUAGCUUUUGCUUCAGAUGCGUCGCCGUAGACGCAGCCGCCGCAGGCGUAGCGGGCGCCGCCGCAGGCGCUGCAGCCGUCGACGUCGCUCGCGCUCUCGCCGCCGCCGCCGCUGUAGCCGCUGCCGCCGCAACCGUAGGCGCCGCCGUCGCUGCUAGGGCCCACACUCGCACGACCUACGAAAUAGCUACGCCCGAUACGGCCUACGAUGAGACUGGUAAAGAGAAACGAAAGCACCACCCCCAUAUAGCCCACGAAGGCGCUAUGCCGGGCACAGCCUACGAAGAGAUUGGAAGAGAGAAACGAAAGCACCACACCCGUACGGCCUACGAAGGCGCUACGACCGUGCCGGCCUACGAAGAGAUUGGAAGAGCGAAGCGAAAGCACCAACCCCGCAUGACCUACGAAAGCGCUACAUUCGACACGGCCUACGAAGAGGUGAAAAGACAGAAGCAAAUCGGACUACGCCACCUCUGCGCCAGCGAACUCUACCAGUCUACUACAUCAUAUUCAACGCUACUGGAUACGUCGUUACUAUAUUUACUGUGUCACGCUACG